CACUAAAUGCUCCAGACACAGCUGUGAGUGGCCAGAGUGACUGUCAACAUCACUGGAGCCUUGCAUGGUUCGACACUUUAUCCAAAGGAUCUCCAAGUGGUCUGAUCCGGCUCAGGAACCACCGUGAGCAAUGCCUCCUUCCGUUGCUGACAGUGUUUGCGAACCAUUACAGUGGUAUGGACCGAUGUAGCUCAGUGCCAGGGGUAAGAUCUUGGGAGUGAUAUCUAAUAACUCGUGGCGCCUAGAGCUGUUUACGUUAAUCUUCAGACAGUCAUGAGCCGACCACAACCUACUCCUUCGAUGUCUUGCUCCUGACUUUCUCCUUUACAAAACACCUUCCCCAUCAAUUGGUCCUUUUCUCUGCCUACGGUCGCUUCCAGGAUGGCAUAUCUUGCUGUCGCAGGCGCCUACGCUUCCGCAGCGUUGCUCGUUGCGAUAGUCUUGAAUAUCGCGCGCCAAUUGCUCGUUCGCAACGAGAAAGAACCACCCGUUGUCUUCCAUUGGAUUCCCUUCCUGGGAAGCACAAUCAGCUAUGGAAUGGAUCCCUAUGCAUUCUUCUUCUCCUGCAGGAAAAAGUACGGGGACAUCUUCACCUUCGUGCUCCUGGGCAAAAAGACAACCGUAUACUUGGGCGUUCAAGGCAACGAUUUCAUCCUCAAUGGCAAACUCAAGGACGUGAGCGCGGAAGAGGUCUACAGCCCUCUCACCACCCCGGUGUUCGGGUCCGACGUUGUGUACGACUGCCCUAAUUCCAAGCUGAUGGAACAAAAGAAAUUCAUCAAGUUUGGCCUCACGCAAGCGGCGCUCGAGUCACACGUUCAGCUGAUUGAAAAGGAGACCCUCGACUAUCUCCGGGACUCUCCACGGUUCAACGGCGCUAGUGGAGUUAUUGAUAUUCCUGCUGCCAUGGCUGAGAUUACAAUCUAUACUGCUGCACGCGCGUUGCAGGGCGAGGAGGUCCGCAAGAAGCUUACUGCAGAGUUCGCUGAACUGUACCACGAUCUAGACAAGGGGUUCAGCCCCAUCAACUUUAUGCUCCCUUGGGCUCCGUUGCCGCACAACCGGAAGCGUGAUGCUGCUCAUGCUCGGAUGAGGGAGAUUUACACAGACAUCAUCAACGAACGGCGCAAGAACCCAGACGAGGAGAAGUCCGACAUGAUCUGGAACCUGAUGCACUGCACCUACAAGAACGGACAGCCGGUCCCGGACAAAGAGAUUGCUCACAUGAUGAUCACUCUGUUGAUGGCAGGACAACACUCCUCUUCCUCAAUCAGCUCUUGGAUCAUGUUGCGACUAGCCUCUGAGCCUCAAGUGCUUGAAGAGCUCUAUCAAGAACAGUUGGCCAGCCUCAGCAACAGGAACGGGGUCUUCGAGCCGCUGCAGUACCAGGACCUUGACAAGCUGCCACUCCUCCAGAGUGUCAUCAAGGAGACCCUACGGAUCCACUCGUCCAUCCACUCGAUCAUGCGCAAGGUGAAAAACCCGCUACCAGUACCUGGCACAUCUUACGUUAUCCCCGAAGACCGUGUUCUACUCGCCUCACCAGGCGUAACAGCCCUUAGUGAUGAAUACUUUUCCAACGCAACCCGGUGGGAUCCACACCGUUGGGAGAACCAACCUGACAAGGAGGAAGAAGGAGAGAUGGUCGACUACGGAUAUGGCAGCGUGUCCAAGGGCACUGCCAGUCCCUACCUGCCUUUUGGCGCUGGCCGCCACCGCUGCAUUGGAGAGAAGUUCGCCUACGUUAACCUGGGCGUCAUUAUCGCGACCAUCGUGCGUCACCUGAAGCUAUUCAAUGUGGAUGGCAGGAACGGAGUGCCUGGAACCGAUUACUCGACUCUCUUCUCCGGUCCCAUGAAGCCUGCUAUUGUAGGCUGGGAGCGACGCUUCCCGGACAACUCCAAGGGGUCCUUGAACUAAAGCCCGCUUUAUUGCAAGCUACCUUUCAUCUUCAGUCUUUUCCAACUAGUACCUUGUAAUAAGCAUCCUGUAUGAUUAGAGCAUCCAGUCCAUAGUCAAAGAAAGAGAUAUGACCGCUGCCCAGUCAGCACCAUGAUCGAACAUCCCAACCCUGAACCAUGACCAUAGUCCAUAGACCAAACCGAGGAUGAAAGCGAAUGAAGCACGUGAGGACCCUCGUGUCAUUGUUCCACCACCUGUGAAACCCGCCCCCUUUCCAUCCAAGGGCUAACAAUGCCCACCUACCCUGAAAUGCGCAUCAAUACAGUGGCCAUCCGCGUACCAGCAAAACCACGUAUACGAAAUACCAACCACAGGGCAAAAGAAAGAUGCGCAUUGAGAUAAGAGCGCGCACAUGCACACGGUGGCGCCUACUAAAUCAACAAGGGGAAAAAAAAGGCAAGUAGAACAGCGAG